AACAAUGAAAUUCUCUGUAAGCGAAAACGCUCUGAAGACAUUCGCCAGUUAUUGCAUUUUGAUCAAGAUGGGAGUAGUGGAUUGAGCCUUGCACUGCAGGAGGACAACACAAAAACUGAGAAGGUGACAGCUGCUGGCAUGUAUUUUCUUGGUUUCCUGGUUCACCAGUUAGAUCAAACAGCCAACUUGCCAGCUGCUGCAAAGGAUCCGGAUGCUGCCAGCUUUAAAAAACUGGAUAUCCUUCAGCCAUGUGAAAUAACUGAACUGAAGGCAGGCACACAUACAUUUGCUGUUUAUGGUGAUUAUUAUUUUUUUUUAAAAAGUGCUAGCUGCACUAUAGAAUUUCUUUGUGCUGCACCUUUUAAAGAAGAGAAGGAGAAUCUUUGAGCUGUGGAGGCUCAUUCUGACGGAAAGAUAUUUGAGUUGUGCUUAAUUGCUAGUCUGUUGAAAAUCAUUCACAUGCUCCUUCAAGAUAAAAAUCAUGAGUAAUCUGUGUCUCUUUAAUGUUCUAUUUUAGUUUUAUUAUUUUACAAACUAUAGACAAAUAUAUAGCUAAGUAAUUGUUGAUAAUGAAUUU